AUGGCCGACGAAAACUGCAAACUAGCAAUGCGGGAACUAUUUAAUUCGCCUGCCCUGCAUCUCGACCGACUGCGCUUUGCGUGGGGGGUGCAAGCCGUAGUAGCGCAUCUACCCUACAUUCCAAAGGUCAGGUCGCUUUCGCUGUUCACGACUAGCCUGAGCGAGAAUCUUCAUCUUGUCAAUCCCCACUUGACGGUCUUGCACCUACAUUCUUCAGGGGACCCCAUGGACCCACGACCCUUUCGGGACAUGUUGGCCUGCGUGGCGUCCUCCCUGAUUUACCUAUCCCUUGAAGACUCGUCAGUGGCCCUUUCGACUGAGGAGAGAAAGUUCGACUGUGUAAACAUGCCGACUCUUCACUCGCUCAUGCUGGGGAACUACAGCGACGUCCUACUUGUGGAGUACUUCCUCUCGUCAUUCAGUACGCCGAACCUGCGUAUGCUUGGUCUCCUCCAGAUGAGCUGGGAAGUUCUCAGUAAGACGAUAGAAGUGCUGCAUAAACUGUCGCCUCCCGAUGGGUUCGUGUACCCAGCUCUUGAGACCCUAGUCAUAGAAGCAGUCGACCCAGUGGAUCCCGAACGGACGAUGCUCUUACUAGAGUGCCUCCCGUCCAUCCGGGAACUCGACAUCGGCGGAGGGGCAGCCGAUGUGUUUCUAGACUAUCUCGUGGACCGGGAUUUGGAUGAGGGCAAUCCUGCCGGGGUCUUGUGCCCUCGCUUGCUCACCUUGCGAUGGUGCGAAUGGUCAGCGUACGACGGCGCGCUGGUGCGGCGCUUCCUGGAGCGACGGGCGGCCAUGGGCAAGCCGCUCGCGAAGCUGUCUAGCGAUCGCGAGACGUUCCUGGAGCUCGAAGAGGACACUCAGGCAUGGUUGCGUGGCCAUGUCGAGGUUUACUUCCGCGAGUCAAGUUUCAGGGAAGAGGCGCAGUCAUUUUAG